CAAAACCGUAAUUGGGGUUUUACGGUUGCGGAAGCUGAAUAGAUGGGUAGUGGAAGAGUUAAAUGGACUUCUUCCUCCACCCUUCAAAGACAAAAAGGAUCACAGGCUGGUGGGCCGGAUAAACAAGAAGAAAUGGGAAUCUACUCCCAACUUGGGCCGCGCAACCGGCAACCGUGGCCUGCUCGGUGGCCCAACCCAAAACCCACCCAACCGAACCGUCGGGUUCUCCGGGCCAGCUCACGGCCGCCGCCAGCGAGCGAAACGGCCCGGGCACGGCGGCUAUCUCGCCUCCAACGGUCUUCGGCUACCCGUUCGCUGCCCCCGAGGCAGCCAGCCCCUCCCCUCCUCGGCAACACGACAGCCGCCGCGCCGGGGAGGAAUCCAAGCGAACCACCCCCCACGCCGUUAUCGCCUCCCGUACAAAUCCCUCGAUCGAUCGAGCUCUCGGGGGCAUUCCAUUUGGGCAUCGCUUCGCUUUUCCACGGGCGCUGAUCGAUCGAUCGAUCUCGGCGUCGACGAAUCGGUUGCUGAUUUCGUGCGGCCGGGGGGCGGCGGAUUAAAUUGGUGAGGGUUUCUCGGGUCCGCUAUAUGCUGCCGCGAUGCCGGCCAGCAUCCGCUCGGUGUCCCCGGACGCCGCCGGCGAUGUUGGCGCCGCGCUCGCCCUCGAGGACCUCGUUGUCGGCGGCGGCGCGGACUGCAUCGGCGCGCUCGCGUGCGGCCGCCGCCGCAGCUUCUCCUACCGCCGCCUCCCCGAGCCCCGCCUCCGCCUCACCGUCCGCAAGCUCGACGACUCCUUCUUCGACGUGGAGAUUGCGAGGUCCGCCGCGGUGUGGGAGCUAAAGGCGGCCAUCGAGGAGCUUUUCUUCGCCCUCUUCGACGACACCGAGAAGACCAUCCCUUGGCAGCACGUGUGGAGUCACUUCUGCUUAUGCUUCAAGGACGAGAAACUGACGGAUGACAAGGCAACAUUGCGUGCAUUUGGUAUUAGGGAUGGUGAUGAGCUUCAUUUUGCCCAGCAUCUCUCUGUUGACUACAGCCCAUGCAAGAGUCUUCCCAAAAACCAGAAGACAGCAUCUCACAGAAGGUCAAUGACUUCGUCGGAUGAUAUCAGGCCAAGGAGUUUGUUGGAUGAUCUCAAUGAAGAUGAGGGUGAGAAGUUUACUGACAGCAGGUGUUCUACAAGUGUCUUAGAAGAUCUUUGUAUUUAUGAGUACAAUGAGGAGCGCAUGGAAGAAGAAAGCCGCAAGAAGGGAAGUUUAUUCCGCGGCUGGUUCUCUUACUCUAAAUUGAGGAGUAACAGGAGGACGCAUGCAGAAGACACUGUGCCACCAUCUUGUGAGAAGAAAAAUGCACGUCCAAAGCUGGGGAAGUGGUUCUCCUCAAAAAGAUCGAAGACACAGGGCAAUUGAAGGCUAAAUAUAUAUGUGCUUUGUUCCACGGAAAUCAAAUUCUGAAAUGGUGUCCUUUUCUUUUUAUUUACGUGCUCCUCCGUACGGGCAGCCAAAGAGGAGAUGACACGAUUCCUUGCAAUCUUAGAAAAUACUCACUUAACUAUCCCAAAGUUUAAUGUAUAUAUGUGUAUGAUCUGAGUUUUUGCUCCUUUAAAAAAAUUAACGAUCUUAUUAUGUGGUGCAAUGAAAGGCUUAUUAUGCUGUGCUA